AUGCCCUGCAACGAGACCGGGGGGUUGCCCCUCUUGGGCGACCGUGCUGCACAUCUACCGGACGGCCCCGUGGUGGCGCGUGCAGAGCAUGUGGAAGCGAAACAGGCCCCUAUUGUUGACCCCGGUGAAGGGGGUGGCGGGUCAGCAAUCAUCCUCCUCAUGGGCAUCCCCAACCUGCGACAGCGAGGGGAGUGA